UUUUUGCUGUGGUCGUCAACAAAACCUUUGUGCGAAUCAGAUUGCUUUCGAUUUUCAAUGGCUCACAUAAUUCGACAGUGCCGCCUAGGUCAUAGCGUUGCUUCACCAUCCGUACUUUAUAGAAGCUUCAGCACAGGAUUUCUUUUAAGAAACCAGGCAGCUGCUGCCGCUUCAGAACCAGCACCAGGUGUGUACUGCUUUGUUUCUUUAACGGUACCGAACAUUUAACAUGGAGCGAAGCAUUAACCGAUGUCUAUAGCUGCAGGUUCAAAAAAGGCUGCUAUUGCAUCAUCAGCACCUCAGGGAACAGUGCUUAAGGGCAUCAAUUAUAUGAAGGAAGGCAAAGACCCUGUUGCACUCGAUGACAGCGAAUAUCCAGAAUGGUUGUGGGACCUGCUCGAUGAGAAGAAACAAAAACAGAAAUCUUCAAAACCCUCUAAUCGUCAAUACCACCGAAAACAGAACCGGGAUGCUAUCCGAGCUAGCAACUUCAUGAAGGAUAAGAAGACAUAAAGUAGCCGUUCAGCUCUAUAUUGUUCUUUAAGCAUAAUAGAUAAAAGCCUCUGUAAUAUAGACUACAGGGCACAUGGCUCUGCAUUUGAAAAAAAAAAAACUAAAAGAAAUCAUCUAAAAAAAGUUCCUGUCGUAAGAUAUGACUACCAUCCUCGGUUAUAUUGAUUAGAUUGUGGGAACAUAUUGUUGGCAGCCUGUGCCUGUUGGAAAGCUGGAUUUUGUUGGCCAUACAUUCCUCCUGAAAACACGAUAUCAAGAAUGAUUCAGUAUAAGUCUA